CUUCCUUCCAUUUUUGAAGAUAUUUAUUUUCAACGUUAGAGUGGCCAAUGGAGUGUCUGGACAAUAUAAUGGCUUAUCUGUGAUAUAAUAGACGAUAUUUCAUUUAGUUAAUUGACUGAACUAAACCAAGUAUGGACAGCGUUUAUGUACUUUACGGUUCCACGUUUUUAUUUUCCUUCAAUCAGAGGGGUGUUUUGUAUGAUUGACAAACCUCAUGAGAAUAUUUCAUCGUAGUAGUUUAUAAGAGGGUCCAAUUUAUUUUCCACUAACUACUCCCGGAAGAUAAACCUAAACAUUAGAAAAUGCUGUAGCCACUUCGUAACCAACUUCCAAUAAAAACACAGUAUUAUUCAUGAUAUGGAUUUUAUAGAUACAUUUUUCAAAUCCUCUGAUCCAGGCUCAUCUCACGCUUGACCAGAACUUGCCAGUGUCACAGUUAACGUACCCCCUCCAGGCCACCCCUCACUUAAAUGAGAAUGUCUCUGGCCCAGAGAGUCCUACUGUCAUGGACCUUCACCCUCAUAUUCCUCAUCAUGCUGGUCCUCAAACUGGACUCCAAGAUCCACUGGAACUGGUUCCUCAUCUUCCUCCCUGUAUGGACAUUUGACACCAUUCUCAUCCUCAUGCUGGUGGUGAAGAUGGCGGGUCGGUGCAAGCCUGGCUAUGACCCACGGGACGACCAGCAGAACCUGCGGCAGAGGGUGUUGUACCUGGUGGCAAUGCUGCUGAAACUGGGCUUCUGUCUGACGCUGUGCGCCCGGUUGGAGAGGCUGACGGACAUCUGGCUCAGUGUGGUGUGUGUCCCCCUCUGGGCCAUGCUGGUCGGGGCCAUGGUGGAGCUUGGCUACAAUGUCUUUCACUACCGGAGAGACUGAGAGGUGGGAGAAAGAUGGAGAUUGAUUUUAUUUACUCAGUCUAAAGACUGCAACUGAGUCUGUAAGGGAGGUGAAUGGGAGAUUAUUGUAAUACACUGCAGGAGAAACUGAACUGAAAAGGACUGUGAUGAAGAUAACAAAUGGAUUGGUUUAUUUUACUACAGCAGAGACUGAAAGAAGGGGGGUGAAGGGAGAUUGCUCCCACUAGUACAGAAUGUAAAGACUACUACAAGAGAGACCGAGGGGGAGGAGAGAGUAGUGAAAUGGCACUAAUGACAAUGUAUUUGACUUUAUGAUGCUCCCAAAUGUAAUCUUUAUUUUGCCAUAGUGAUGCAUCAAGCAAUGUUGCAGCCAUGAUGGUCUCUGCCAGGGGAACUGAUGUCAAGACUGGGACUAUUCCACAGCUGAUCCACAGCUGAUUUGUUAUUGCUCAGCUAUAAUUAAAAACAUUUGCAUCUGACUGGGAGCGUGCAGAAACUUUUUCCUGUUUCUUCAGAAAAUGUUACGAAAAUACAUUUACUUCAAGAACAAUGCAAAUGCAAAGUUUGGUUACUGAAUUACAUUUUGUGCUGUUUACUGUCAUUUUGUUAACAAACUUUUCAUUGUUUUUCAAAUAAUCGACUCAGUGGGAAUUGACUCAAUUGAUGCUCCAGUGUAUAAUUAUUCCGCCGUGUGAUAUUUGAGACGUGUUGGUUGAGAAUUCAGAGAAUUCAUAAGCAGACUCGAACCCUUGCUCUCCAGACAGACUGACUGGUCUGUGCAUGUGCCUGUGUUAUUCUCUGAUAACUGGGACCGUUAGGUCCAAUGGGUUUAUAUGUGAACAUUGGUAUUGAUGAUGUUUCUUUUAAGUGUGAUAGGGAUAUGUUUUCCCCUGGAGACCAUGAAGAAACACACAUCAUAAAAUGUCUCUACUUUGCUGAAGUUUUCAAAUAUCUGCCUGGGUUGGAUUGGUGAAAGCAGAAUGACUGAUUAUACAACAGUAUGUCCCUGCAUUCAUUUAUCCAAUCACAUGCAGAUCAGUGACUACCUCAAAGAAGGGAGAAGGUGUACAUUUUCUAUGGUUUGGAACAGGGCUCAGUGUGAUAUGAAGUGAAUUACAUAACUGGUAAUCUGACCCAAUCCAGAGAAUAUGGAGGGGGGGAUUGCCUGCCCUCCGGGGUGUUGUGUUGUGUAAGAGGUCUUGGUGACUCGGGGACAGGACUUGUACUGUUACUGGGUCGUUCCACAAAAUGAGUGCCUUUUGCGUUCCUUUGAUAUUUUAAGUAGACAUUUUAA